UUUUGGGGGAGGCGUGGGGUGAGAGCAUGGAGUUGUAUCUCUGCAAGAGUUGCUCCCCUUGCGGCUGUAGGGGGAUAAAGCAGCAGUGCUGGGGUCUUGUGGAAUUACUCUAGGCACUCAGACUUUUAUUGUUCAGAGCCUGUCUGCUGGAAAAAUCUUCUCCUAGUACUAGCUCCACUCCCUGCAGGAGGAGGCGUGGGGAGCAGGAAGUCGUCGCCACCUCCCCGGAGUGCUGCGUACGGCGGGGGAGGUGGAGGUAGGAGGGAGUGAAGCUCAGCAUGAUGGCGGCCGAGGCCGGGGCUGAGGAGGGCGGCUCGGUUACCGCUGCCGGGAUGGUGGGAGCCGUUGCCGGAGCUGAGUCGGAGCACUGUCCCACGUUAUGCCGGGGCAAGGAGCUGGGGUCGCAGGGCCCCUUCCUGGUGGGCUCUGGCGGGGACAGCCUGGGCGCUGGCGGUCCGGCUUUGUGCUCGGCGUUGGGGCUCCUGGCGUUAAGCUCCGGGCCUGCCUCUCUGGCGUCCAGAGACGCACUGUCAGCAACUGAACAAAGGCCGGAGGUGUCCGGAGGGGUGCUGCUCCCACCCAAACCUAGCACUGUUGCCUUUCCCCCGCUGCCGCCGCCGCCACAGCCACCGUCCUUGGCGGGGGGGCUGGGGAUUGUGGAUGAAGGCGACUCGUUGGAUGGGCCCGAGUAUGAAGAGGAGGAAGUGGCCAUCCCGCUCAACGCUCCCCCCACAAACCAGUGGUAUCAUGGAAAACUCGACAGAACAAUUGCAGAAGAACGUCUUUGGCAAGCGGAAAAACCUGGAAGUUACCUUAUUCGAGAGAGUGAUCGGAGACCAGGUUCAUUUGUGCUUUCAUUCCUUAGUAAAACAUGUGUCAAUCAUUUCAGGAUUAUUGCCAUGUGUGGAGAUUAUUACAUUGGUGGACGUCGCUUUGCUUCACUCUCAGACCUAAUUGGUUAUUACAGUCAUGUGUCUUGUUUGCUGAAGGGGGAAAAACUAUUCUUUCCAGUAGCACCUCCAGAGCCUGUGGAAGAUAGAAGGAGAGUUCGAGCAAUUCUACCUUACACCAAAGUGCCAGAAACUGAUGAAAUAAGUUUCCUUAAAGGAGAUAUGUUUAUUGUGCAUAAUGAAUUGGAAGAUGGCUGGAUGUGGGUUACAAACCUACGGACAGAUGAACAAGGUCUUAUAGUAGAAGACCUGGUAGAAGAAGUGGGAAGAGAAGAAGAUCCACAUGAAGGCAAAAUAUGGUUCCAUGGGAAGAUCUCCAAACAAGAAGCUUACAAUUUGCUGAUGACAGUUGGUCAGGUGUGCAGUUUUCUUGUGAGGCCCUCAGAUAGUACACCUGGUGAUUAUUCACUUUAUUUUCGGACCAGUGAAAAUAUUCAGCGUUUUAAAAUAUGUCCAACAUCAAGCAAUCAGUUUAUGAUGGGAGGCAGAUAUUAUAAUAGUAUUGCAGAGAUCAUUGAACAUUAUAGAAAAGAACAGAUUGUUGAAGGAUAUUACCUUAAAGAUCCUGUUCCAAUGCAGCAUCAAGAACAAAUGUUUAAUGAUAUAGUCGAUGGAAAAGAAAUCUACAAUACAAUUCGUCGCAAAACAAAGGAUGCUUUUUAUAAAAAUAUUGUCAAAAAAGGAUAUCUUCUGAAAAAAAGUAAAGGAAAGAGAUGGAAAAACUUGUACUUUAUAUUGGAGGGAAAUGAUGCCCAGCUUAUUUAUUUUGAAAGUGAAAAACGAGCCACAAAACCUAAAGGAUUAAUAGACCUUAGUGUGUGUUCAGUCUAUGGAGUACACGACAGUUUAUUUGGCAGGCCAAACUGCUUUCAGAUAGUAGUUCAGCACUUCAGUGAAGAGCAUUACAUCUUUUACUUUGCGGGAGAAACUCAAGAACAAGUGCAGGACUGGAUGAAGGCUCUGCAGAUGUUUUGCAGUUUAAGGAAAAACAGUCCAGGGACAUCAAAUAAACGUCUACGUCAGGUCAGCAGUCUUAUCCUGCAUGUGGAAGAAGCUCAUACGCUCCCAGUAAAACAUUUUACUAAUCCAUAUUGUAACAUCUACCUGAACAGUGUCCAGGUAGCAAAAACACAUAUCAGGGAAGGUCAGAACCCUGUAUGGUCAGAAGAAUUUGUCUUUGAUGAUCUUUCAUCUGAUAUUAAUAGAUUUGAGAUAAGUCUUAGUAACAAAACAAAGAAAAGUAAAGAUCCAGAUAUAUUGUUUAUGCGUUGCCAAUUAAGCCGAUUACAAAAAGGACAUGCAACAGACGAGUGGUUUCAGCUCAGUUCCCAUAUACCACUGAAAGGUAUUGAGCCAGGAUCUUUGCGUGUUCGAGCACGAUAUUCUAUGGAGAAGAUCAUGCCAGAAGAGGAGUACAGUGAGUUUAAAGAGCUCAUACUCCAGAAAGAGAUGCAUGUAGUCUAUGCCUUAUCACAUGUUUGUGGCCAGGAUAGAACACUGUUGGCUGGCAUUUUAUUGAAGAUAUUUCUUCAUGAAAAGCUUGAGUCACUAUUGUUACGAACACUAAAUGACAGGGAAAUAAGCAUGGAAGAUGAAGCUACUACUUUGUUUCGUGCCACCACUUUAGCAAGUACACUUAUGGAGCAAUAUAUGAAAGCCACAGCAACACGUUUUGUUCAUCAUGCACUAAAAGACAGUAUAUUAAAGAUAAUGGAGAGCAAGCAGUCCUGUGAGUUAAAUCCUUCGAAAUUAGAAAAAAAUGAAGAUGUAAACACUAAUUUGGCACAUCUACUCAGUAUACUUUCAGAAUUGGUGGAGAAAAUAUUCAUGGCUGCAGAGAUACUGCCUCCUUAUUAUUUUUACAGGACAUUGAGAUAUAUUUAUGGAUGCUUGCAGAAGUCUGUGCAAAACAAGUGGCCAGCUAAUACAACAAUGAGAACAAGAGUUGUUAGUGGCUUUGUUUUUCUUCGACUGAUUUGUCCUGCUAUCCUGAACCCAAGGAUGUUUAAUAUCAUCUCAGAUUCUCCUUCCCCUACUGCUGCAAGAACGCUGACGCUGGUUGCCAAGUCUGUGCAGAAUUUAGCAAAUCUGGUUGAAUUUGGAGCUAAGGAGCCAUAUAUGGAGGGGGUAAAUCCAUUCAUCAAAAGUAACAAACAUCGCAUGAUCAUGUUCUUAGAUGAACUUGGGAAUGUUCCUGAGCUUCCAGACACUACAGAUUACUCUAGAACUGACUUAUCUCGUUAUCUGGCAGCCUUGCAUGAGAUGUGUGUGGCUCAUUCAGAUGAACUUCGGACACUUAGCAAUGAGCGAGGUGUAAUGCAGCAUGUUCUUAAGAAGCUGUUGGCUAUUACAGAACUUCUUCAACAAAAACAACAUCAAUAUUCAAUGUCUAAUAACAUCAGGUAGCAGCCUUCUACCUGAAUUCUGCAUGGAUCCAGCAUGUCUAACAUGGCAACUCACACAGGUAUCACUUUUUUUGCUCUUGCCAAAAAUAGCACACCCUGUCACAUUCCCAGUGAUGUGUGAACUAUGCAAAAAAGAAAACAAAGAUUCUGUUAGCAAAUUAUUGAACCAGCAGCUCUUUAAGCUAUCUGUGCAGGAUAUUUGCACUUUUUUCCACUUGGAACCAGUUUUUACAGUCUCUGAGCCUUGGUGUACAGUUUACCUUUUGCAAAGAAAAUGCUGUGACUGUCAUGAACUUUGAAAAUUAUUUUCAACGCCUGCAAAUGCCAAAGUUUUUCUGUCUUGUUGGAAAAGAAUUACCAACUGACAAGGAAGGAUAUGCAUUGUUUUGACAGCUACAUGUAACAGCAUAACAUUUCUUACUGUAAUUUCUGAAUGGUUACAAUUAUUAUGAGUUUGACUUUUUCAACCACUUAAACAUGUAUUUACAAUUUCCAGAGUUUGAUGGUUAUGGUAAGAACAAUCUUUCUUGUAUACUUUUUAUACCAUGCUGUUUCUCUUGCUGGAAUCAUGUCAAAAGAAUAUGCAGAAUGGAUUUUGUCAGCUUUAUUCUUUAAUGUGCCACAGAUUCAGUCUAAAUAAUUCAUCCAUCAAGGACUGUGUAUCCAUCCAAGUAAAUCACAAUGCUUUUGUAAAAUGUUUACAAAAGUGAACAAUUAGAAUUUGGUAAAUUUAUUAUCACUGUAUCAGACAUGCAUGCAUCCAUUAAACCAUUUUAUAACAUAUAUAUUGGUUGGGCUUGUGUGUAAUGUAAGGCUACCAUGAAUGCUAUUUUUAAACCUGAAAAAUAAGUUUUUUUAAAUAAUCAAGCUGCCAAUAGACUCUCCAUAGAAACUAACUUUGUGUUCAAGUAAUAGAAAACUGCAAAAAUGAAAUUUGGAUAACAUAUAUGAUUGGCUAUUUAUCUACUGCAUAUUAAAUGCACUGAUAAAACUGACUGUAGGUAAAGUUGCAUUUAGGUAUAUGUUGUGGUUUGACAUUGACCCAAUGCCAGGUACCCAUGAGAGUCACUCACUCACCGUCCUCUGCUACAGCUGGGCAGUGGAGAAGGGAAAAAAAAAAUUAGGAACAGUUCAUGAGUGAGAUAAGGACUGGAAGAAAGCAUUCAUGAGUGAGAUAAGGACUGGAAGAAAGCAUUUCAAGGGCAAAACAGGCUCAACUUAAGGUUGCAAAGUGAAUUUAUUACUAACAGAAUCAGAGGAGGAUAAUGAGAAGUAAAAUAAGCCCAUAAAAUAUCAUUUCCCCCCAGCCCCUCCCUCCUUCCCACCAACAGUGCAGGGAGAUGGCAUGGGGGUUUUGGUCAGUUCAUCAACUGAGAUUUUCUUCCACUGCUCUGGGAGAGGAGUCCUUCCCCUGUGAGACCAUGGGAUCCCUCCUACGGGAGACAGUUCUCCAUGAACUUCUCCAUCGUGAGUCCACUCUCACAAGCAGCAGUCCUACCGCGCCUGCUGCAACGUGAAUUCCCCCCACGGACACACAGUCCUUCCAAAACUGCUGUGAUGUAGGUCUCUCCACGGGGUGCAGUACUCCAAGAACAGGCUGCUCCAGCCUGGAAGCAAGGGCCUCCUCUCUCCACCGGGUCUUCCACUGGAUCACGGCCUCCUCCAGGCAUCCACCUCCUCUGGCAUGGGCACCUACCCCAUGGGCUGCGGAUGGAUCUCUGCAUCUUCUGUGGACCCAUGGGCUUAAGGGAGGCAGCCUGCUUCACCGUGGUCUUCACUACGUCCUGCAGAGGAAUCUCAGCUCUGGUGCCUGGAGCCCCUCCUUCUUCACUGACCUUGGUGUCUCCAUGUUGUUUUCCCUCACAUGUUCUCACCUCCUCCUCUUCUCUGACUAGAAGAAAAACUGUGUGCACUUUGUUUUGAUUUUCUUCUUAAAUAUGUUAUCACAGAGGCAUUACCAACCUCUCUCAUUGUCCCAGUCUUGGCCAGCAACAUGUCCGUCUUCAGAGCCAUCAGGGAUUUGCUCUGCUGGACAUGGUGGAAGCUUCCAGCAGCUUCUCACAGGACCCAUCUCUUUGUGGCCUCCCUGCUACCAAAAAACAGGCUGUUCAAAACCAAUACAGUAUAUAUAUUUAAAAAAUUGACAGCAUUACAUAUUUCCUAAAACAGUGUAUGAAAAUAAUAUUGUAGUUUACCCCUCAUCAGCAGCUUAGGCACCACACAGCUAUUUGCUCAAAUGCCACCCCACUCCCACCCCCACCAAAAAAAAAGGCAGGACCAGAGAAAAUAGGAAGAACAAAAGCAAGAUAACUCAGGGUUUGAGAAAGAUGAAGAAAACCAGAACAAGUGAUGCAAAGGUAAUUACUCAUCAUUUCCCAGAAGCAAACUGAUGUUCAGCCAGUUUCUGAACAACAGCUACCUCCCUCUCCUCCCCCAAAAAAGAAACCCUCAUCCCUUCCCUUCCAUGGAAUGGAAUAUCCCUUUGGCCAGUUCAAGUCAGUUGUCCUAUCUGUGUCUGUUAGGGAAAUUGGCCUCACUCAGUCGAGGAGUUACAUUCAUACCACCCGAGACUUCAACCACUAGGACUUUGCAGUCUGUUCGUGAUGGAUGGCUCCACUGAACCAAUGGAUACCCUGUGUUGACUCCAGACACACACGCACAGACAUUUUCCCUUUCGGUUUUACCCUAGGUUUCCCCAAGCAGAGUCUCAGGCAGAAUCUAGCAAAUUAGGUUAUUUGGUACAGUGGUGAGAUACAGCUUGAGCUGGGUGCCUCAGGAGAGGGACCUUGAACAAAGAAAUCCCUGGGCAAUUAUACUUUUACAAUCCAAGUUUCCCACCCCUCAUGUGACAGUUUGGUCCAGUAGUAACAUGGUAUGGGUUAGUCUUGUUCUUCAUUGGGUCUCUUCAUUGUCUCUAGGUGAACCCAUUUCUUUUCUUACCCCUAAGGUUGCAUCUUAUGCUGACAGGGGUAGUUGCCUUCCUCGCUUCCUUAUCUUUUGGCCCAAACUGGCUCUGGGGCCUCCUUUUACUUAAGUAGGUAAAAGUUCAGUGUAUCUUGGUGUAAGUUCACAGCUUGCAGCCUGAGGCUUCAGCACAUCUAGUUACUAAUGCUAAAUAAGUUACACUAAGCUACUAAGUUUUCUUUAUUUCUUUACAGUGUCCCCUCCAAACUUCUUACUCACUCCCCAGCCUAUUCCCCAGUGGGAGGCAAUAGCCAAGAGGGUGCAGAGCCUAGAGCUGUGUAGCUGUGUCUAGGUUGUUAUUCUAUACCAUUCACAUCAUCAUUGGGGGCUGGAAGUAAGGGAUUUACUUCUGGGAAGGAGGGGGCGUGGCUUCGGGUGGAAGAAAAAGGUGCCACAUGCAGGGGUUGUGCCAUUUUGUUCCUUUUUCCAGCAGAGCAAGUGGCAAACAGAACAGUGAGGUGGCUCGGGUUGCGGUCAUGCCGCAUUGGGUCAGACUCAGUAAGCAUUUUUGCAUGAAAUCACCCUCUUCCAUAUAGUUAUUAGUAUUGUAGCUGUUACUGUUUGUUUUCUUAUCUCAUUGCUGUUUCCAGUAAAUUGUUCUUAUUCUUAUAAAUGAAAAUGCUAGACUUGCCAAUACGUCAAUCAAUAUAGCCAAUUUGUUAAUUUGUUCAAUAAAAGGUGAGAAAAUUUUACAGUGCACUGGGUGCAUUGAGGGUCUCCGCCCUAAGCAACGCACAAACUCAGGGUUAGAACAGUAGUCUCUUAUAUCAUUCUAGGCACUUCCUGAAAUUUUCAGUUAUUUUCUACUUGCUUUUACUUCAUAAUAAGAAGUUGUGGUUUUUUUGGACAUCUGUUGGGGAGGUGGUCUGAGAUGGUCUUCUGAUGUCUCUCCAGCCUCCCAUUCUUCUAAUAAAAUAUCUUUUUUCCAUUAGCAUUAUUUUUGGUUAUACAGUUUGUUUAAGCAAGCAUAUAUUCUGUUAGUCAGCAUACAUUCUGCAAGCCUUCUUUCAAUCAUUUCACAACCUAAAGCUAACAUGUCUAAAAAUGUCUUUAUAGGGCCUCUUCCUCAGUUAUUAAAAAACUCAAAGUCAGCAUGUUUCAAAAUGCCUUUAUAGAGCUUCUCAGCUCAUGUUGGUCCUACUUCCCCUUUUUAAGUGAUUACAAAUUCUUCCAUACUCAAAAACCGAUUUAUAGAUUGUACUAAUGAUAGUUUAAAACUUAUACUACAAGUUAGUUUAAAGCUUAUAUUAAUUACUUGCAAGUACUUACAAUUUUGUUGUUAAAACAGUUAGCUAAAAGCUUACUGCUAUAUAAUUACCUUGUUAAACUUUACUUCCAUGCCUUACUUUAGUUCAUUUUUUAAAACUUUUUUUAUAAUAAUCCCAUGGUCUGUCUGCGUUGCCCGCAGACACACAUACAUAGGUGGGUGGUAUUCGAUUGACAUGAAUCACAACUUGAUUUCUCACAUUAUCUCAACUCAGAAUCUCCACCUUUUAUCUCUCCCGGAGGGAAUGAGGGGAGGAGAGCGGCUGUGUGGUGCUUAAUUUCCAUCUAUGCUUAAACCACGACAAGGAGGUAGAAGAGGCAAGUGUGAAGCUGUGCCUGGGAAGAAGGGGGAGGGUGGGGGAAAGGUGGUUUUAUUUUUGGGUUGUGUUUCUUUUUAUUUAACUGGCAAUAAUUAAAGUCAUAUUGCCCAAGUCGAGUCUGUUUUGCCCAUAAUGGUAAUUGGUGAGUGACCUUCGUGUCCUUAUCUCGACCCAUGAGGUUUUUCAUGUUAUUUUCUUCCCCUAUCCUGCUGAGGAGGGGGGAGUGAGCUGUUUGGUAGGCAACUAACAGCCAGACAAGAUCAAUCCACCACAGUUCUUACUUGUGGAUCAACCCUGGUAAGCAGCUGUCUUGGGCAUGGUUUUUAUCCCAUAUCCAUUUUUUUGUUUGUUUUUGUUUUGUGUCCCGAAUUGGUCACUGCCCCCCCCCCCCCCCUUCCCAGCUCCACGAGUAUCGCGAUGGGUGAGAGCCAGCCUGGGAUCCUGUGAGGGUUAGGGGGAAUGAAGGGCUGUGGUUUCCUUACGGUGGAGCAAUCGUCUCAGAGGCCACGCAGCGUGGUGCCUCUGACUGGAGAUACUGUCGCCUUGUGGGUUUUGCCUGUUGGUUUUUUGGUUUUUUUUCUUUUCCUUCGGCACUGUGACUGGGCUCACCAGCUUGCUUCUCUGCUCCUCUGCUUGCUUGGGAGCCCAGAGCCAGUGCGUGCUGCGCCGGGAGCCCGCCAUCCCCCGCCAGGGCCGCUACCUCUGUGCGGCCCGACCCCGCGACCAGCCAUUGCCGGUGAGCUAUGCAGGGGAGAGAUUCUCCGCCCAGCCCCCCUGUUUUCUGCCACUAAUUCGGGGCUUCUUGCUACACUUUUAACUCGAUACCACACAUCCGCCCGACCCCUGCGGCUCCUGCUACGGCUACGGAAUUUCUGCUACAUUUUGUUUGCCACCCCAGAGUGUGCUCGCCUCCAGAUGGCUGCUCCGAGGUUCCUGCUACACCCCAUUUUGCCAUCCGGAGGGGCACCAGGACUAACUGCCCCCCCAUAAAUUUGGAAAGGAAGCGCCUUUACUAUCUCUUCCGCCGGCUCGCCUGCCAUUACCCACGUGUAGAGAGGCUGCUGAGCUCGCGUCACAGCGCCCCUGCAGCUGCAGGAGAAUCAUCACACCUGCCCUAAACCACCAGAGAGUAAAGUGCUUGACAGCCGAGAAAAGGCUGUUAUUGGAUUUCUGGUUUUGCUUGUUGUUGCUGCCAUUGUUGUUUGUUUGUCUUGUUAUACAUAUAUAUAUACUAGUAAAGAACUGUUAUUCCUUUUCCCAUAGCUUUGCCUGAGGCCUGGUAAUUUCAAAGUUAUAAUAAUUUGGGGGGAAGGUGAUCACAUUUUCCAUUCCAAGGGAGGUUCCCCCCUUCCUCCACGGGCUGCAGGGGAAUCUUCUCUGGUACCUGGAGCACCUCCUCCCCUUCCUUUUUCAUUGACCUUGGUGUCUGCAGGGUUUGUUCCUCACACGUAUUCUCACUCUCUCACAGCUGCUUCACAGUAUUUUUUUACAUUUUCUUAAAUAUAUCAUGAGGGUGCCACCAGUAUCAGUGAUUGGCUCAGCUUUGGCCAGUGGUGAGUUUGUUGUGGAACUGGCUGGAAUGGGCUCUGAUAUCCUCACAAGCCAGUCCUGCAGCCUCCUCUGCUACCAAAAUUUGCCAUAUAAGCCAAAUACAUUUUACCUUUUGCCUCUGUGGAACAUAUUUAAGAAUUAACUUUAAAAUAUACAUUCAUCACACAAUCUUCAUUUACAUUAAAAAAAAAUAAAAAUGAUUCUUCACACCAAAGUUAUUAUCCACCAACAAAGGUGCAGAAUUUACAGACACACCACCCCUUUUUCUUUCACCACAUUACAACAACAAAAAUUCUCCAGUUAUUCUACUUUCUGGCAAUGUCCGGUCCAAGGUUUGCCUGUUACCACUCCCAAUUACUGUCCUCUAGUUCCUUGAGGCCUAUGUUAGGACCAAUAGUUUUGCAGAAUAGCAGUACUCUCAACUUCUUUUUCAGUUUGAUGCAUGACAGCCUACAAGUUCAUACUUACUAUGUGAUUCCUCAAUAGUAUCUUACUCCCCCAAAAUAAUCAUUACACAGAAAAUCAAGUUAUAAAAGCAGCAUAACCUCUCUGCUUUGACAAACAAAUUCUAAAAGUAGUCCUGCACAUGUAUUUGAAGUGUGUGAGAUAAAUAGAUGAUUCAUGUGAAACAUGUAGAUAUUUUCAGGGUCAGUAGUUAAAAUGGUUUAUCAUGCUCUGAAAUGUGGUGUUUUUUCUAAACUACAUAGGUGUCCUGGGGUGACUGUAUGGUCUGGUAUCCCAUUGUCUGUUUUUUCUGUACAGAAAUGGGUCCUGUAGCUUUAAGCUAGGCCCAGAGAGCAUGAGAGAAGGGGGAGAAGUGCUAGAAUGCUUGAGGCCCUUGUAUUCAAAACAGAGAUAAGGGUUCAGUUCUCUCUGGAGCUCGGAGCUUGAGGCAGUGCAGAGCAAGAGAGAGAUGGAUGGGGCGUUUUCCUUUUUUUUUUUUUUUUCUGGUUUUCCUUGUUAGCUACAGCAAGAAAAUUUUUCCCAGAACUGUCUUUUUUCUGGAACUGUUCAGGUUUUUUUUUCUCUGGUCUGUAACACCAAGACAAUUGUCUGGGGGGCCCCAAGCUGCUCUGCAGCCUGAAUGCCAGGCCCAAGCCCAAGAGGGACUGAGAGACUGAGCAAGACCAAGACACACCCACAGAAGGACUGAACCACAGAAGGACUCUCUGAAUUUGCCAUCUCUUCAGAGCAAGGAGAGGUUUUAUUGUUUAAUAUUAUUAAUUUUCUCAUGUUUGUGAGUACUUUUCUUGUGAAAUAAACAGGUUUUUUCCAUUUUUCUCCAAGGAUAUUAUCUUCUGAACCGGUUGGCUGCUGGAAUCUGCUUUUUUUAGAGGAGACCCCUUCAGGAAGUUUCCUUUCAAAUUUGUCUCAAACAGGGACAAUAGAAAAUAUUAGUCCCUGAAUUGACAGAAUCUAUCACUUCUCUUCUGGUUUAAAGAACAAAUGUCCCCCAAGGAAGGUGGGAACCUUCCUGGAAUAGAAAGACAACCCUGCCCUCUAACUUACUGUAACUUUGCAAUUAUGGGUCUUCCAGGCAUAAAAAAAAAUACAGGAAAGGGAAAAACAGUUAUUUAGUAGACUAUAUAGAUCAGAACAGAACACAACAACAACACAAUAACAGACGUUUUCCCACCCACUACGUAUUGUUUCCCCUUUUAUGUAGUUAUGACCACAACUGACCGGGGGUGCUGGUGGCUCUGGGGAGGAGAAAGUUGCAGUGACCCCCAUUGUGACCGGCAGGGGGCGCUCUGAUGUGAGCCCGGGACCUCGCCGGGGUAAUGGUGGCCUCAGUGAGAA